GAAACGAUGAACACGUACCGAUCUCCCAACUGUGUGACCGCCGUGAUACAGUCGCCGUAUUAAGGGAGUGACAUCAUUACGGUAUGAAUUAGCCGGUCGCUACAAUAAGCUACUGAAGCCGGGGCCAACCAUGAGCACAGUGACUGUACAUGUGAGUGGGUUCCCGUGGUACACAAAGGUGGACUCGUUGGAAAAAUGCUUCAAACAGAAGAAGAAUAUCACGAUAAAUAGUUUGAAGCUACAAGAUGGUCGACAUGGUGCUCUUGUCAUUUUUAAUUCCGCACAGGAAGCCGAAUACUUUUCAAGGCAGACACUGUUCUUCAGUGGUCGACAGAAACUCAAACUAAAGCUAUGUACUAAGGUAUUUAAGCCACAGUUGACAGGAAUCCUGGAACCUUGGGUGACGGGUACCUUAUAUGAGAAACUAUUUCUAAAAGUUGGCGAGUUCAACAUAACGAUGGAUAACGAUGAGCCGUGUCGUAUCACGGGAGACGAGGAAGCGUUAUCUUGCGUUAAAAAAUACGUAGAAGAUAUAUCAACACGGAUAUUUGAAAAUCGGGGGUCGGGUGAUUACACUAUGAGAAACGUAGUGUACAUUUCAAACAUUCCAGAUGUGAAUAUGUCUGAGGACGAUCUUAAAAAGUUUGUAAACGAGAAGAGCGACCAGGUUGUUGCAGUACACAGGGUCGGUGUGAUGAAUGAAAAUGGUCUGCUUCUUUUUGAAACCGAAAAAGAUGCAAGGCAGUUUUCUAAAAUACCUUUAUAUUGGAACCAGAGUCGACUUAGGGCGCGGCAGUGUCAAAAGGUUUUCAGCUCAGUCACUGCCACUGCCGAACCUUGGACCCUUGUUGAAAUGGCACGAAUUGAUAAAAUAUCUAAAAAGUACGCUCUACGCCAUGAAGAAAUGGAAGAUCUAACGUUCACCGGUACAUUGGAAGCCCUGAGGAACAUGAAUGAGGAGGUGACCGAAAGAUACAUACGUGGAGUAUCCACUGGGUAUGGAUGGAAUCGAACAAGCAGGCGGAACUCUAUGCAAAGCACGCAAUCAACGAUAUAUGAAACAGACGACGAGGAGAUACCUUAUGGAAGCGUUACUGACAGGCCGAGCCGUAGCCGGAGAAACAGCCAGCUACCACGGAAGCCGACAACCUCCAUGGGUUUCUAUCAUUUUGAUGACGAACAAGAGAGAAAGGGCGAAAUGCAAUUGAGAUUGGGAAAUCUAUAUAAGUCUACGCUUGUGAAAAACUUUGGACCUCGUACAUAUACAGGUUUACGGCAAGAAGUGGAAGCCGACGAAGAUAUUUUGUUCUUCAUCUCCAAAACAAGGUACGCAGAACUCCACGACAUUGAAACCAAAUAUGGUGUCACAAUCACGCGAGAUAUCGGAAAAUACGUGAUUACCGAAACACCGCGCAAAGGCAACGUAUUACCUCAUGUGGCAGAGGCGAAGGAGAGUCUGGUGGCGCUCAUCAGGUCCAUUGUCGGAGAGUUACACCAGGACAGUGCGCUGUGGCUCAGGGAAUAUAGCUCCAAUUUACCAAGCCUGACUUUGCAAAAUUUAGUGGAACGGAUAAAUCACGAACACACGAACGUUUACGUAAAACUUUCCUCUGACAACUCACGACUUAUUAUACAUGGAGAUACUAAACACGUGACCGCGGUCAGAGCAGAAAUUGAUGACUAUCUUCGAAAACUGUUUCACUCAUCGAGGGACGGACGACGUAUUUCACCAAAAUACAAGGACAAUUCUCGACCGUUUUUUAUUGAUUUCGACGAUCCAUCGAGCCGAAAUAUAAAGUUGUCUGAUUCAGGGGAGAGGGAACUCAGAUAUCACCUUCAGACAGGGUAUUAUAAGUUCAGAACAAUAGAAGGCAUAGAAAUCAUGGUUAAACAGGGCGAUAUAACCAGAGAACCAACGGACAUUAUUGUGAAUUCCACCAAUGACAGUUUGGAGCACGGCGGCGGUCUCGCCACAACGAUUGUGGACAUUGGUGGAUACGACAUCCAAUCAGAAUCUCGCAAUUGGAUUCUCAAGCACGGUCGUUUAAACGUUGGAGACAAUGCGGUUACCCACGCGGGUAAUCUUAGCUGCAUGUUUAUCAUACACGCAUACGGACCUACGUGGAGUCUGCACAGAAAACGUUGUGGUGAUUUGUCUUAUCAGACUGUAAUGAACGUCUUGAAUGCUGCCAAUCGUUACCAUGCCAACUCAAUUGCGAUCCCAGUCAUUAGUUCCGGGGUUCCGAGACAUAUAUCCGCUCACGCAAUGUAUAAAGCGGUUUUGGAUUUUUCCUCCGUUUGCGUCUACAAUCGCUACCUGAAAAAGGUCACCUUCAUUGACAUCGACAGUGACGUCAGGGAUAGCCUAAUUAUCGAGUUCUUCAAACAGACCAUGGCGUCAAGAUAUGCAUAUGAGAAUACUCAAAACAUUGACGACCUGCCGAGUCUACCUCUGUACCGUAGCCCUGGGAUGAUCUGCCACGAUAUGGCAACUAAAACUUAUCAAGAUCACCGGCCAUCAAAGGUUCUCAGACGCCGCGCUGCCACUACUUCCAGUACUAAUGUCGACGACUGGAAUUCUGGGAACGUGCUAUUCACGCUGGUACCGGAGUUGAAAAGUCGCCUGAAAGCUGGGACUGGUAGCCAAUGUGAUAUGUGCGAGGGUGAUUAUACAGUUGUGCGCAGUCUCACUUGCUGUGGCUAUUCCAUAUGUGAUAGCUGUGCUACUGGGCAUUUCAACAAAUAUACCAAAUGUCCUUCCUGUCGCAAACUUUUAGUUAAAAAUGUCGGUGAUCAGCCAUCUGAUGGAAGAAUGGCCUACUAUAAAGAGUUUGCAUCGUUGCCUGGAUACGAAGAAUGCGGAACUAUUGUGAUUUGUUACGAUAUUCCGGACGGGUAUCAAGGAGAAUCACAUCCACAUCCAGGACAGCGGUACAUGGGUUUGAAACGAAUGGCUUUUUUGCCAAACAACCGCGAAGGUCGUUACGUAUUAGAAUUGCUGAAGAAAGCGUUUGCCCAGCGGCGUCUAUUUACGGUCUGGGCGACAAAUAUGCGAGGUCGAAUCGACCGUGUGGUGUUGAGUGUUCAACAUAAAACCCGCCGAAGUGGAGGUUCAAUGGGUUUUGGCUACCCCGAUCCAACAUACCUAAGAAGAGUGAGAGAAGAAUUGGAAGACAAAGGAAUAUUCAAUAAGGAAGUGGAAAUAUACUAG